CCGUGCUGUGGCCAGUUUAGUUUCCGAGGUGGUGCUUUCGCGAUCGGUCGUGCUUGAUUGAAUGUAGUUUAGUAGGAUUUUAAUCGAAGCAUAAAGUGGGAGUGUGAUAAAUGUGGUGAAUAGAGCUGAUAUCAAGAAGUAGCUGUGAUACGGUAUCCACAAGAAAUAAAGAAAAGGGCGAAUUAAAUUUGCUGCCUGGUGCUGAAAAUUGUGCGUGAUUUGUUGCGAUAACGUGAAAUUACAAGUGCAUAGCAAUUGUGUAUUUAUAGAUAUUAAAAAACAAAGUUGAAAAGAGUGUUUUAGCCUGUUAGCCUAGAAAUGGAUGGUGAUAGUGCUCAGUCAUUCUGCGAAUUCAAACAACAAGUGGCAGCCGUACCUCAGUAUGGAUUAAAGCUAAAGUUCAAUCACGUCUUUCCGGAAACCAGAAAUCAAAACCUUAAACCUUCUUUCCGUCAGAUAUGGCCUAUUCUUCCAAUGGCACUAAGGUACAUUCCGUACUACUGGAAGGUGUCACGCGAGGGACGCCAGGUACUGAUGGACUACUGGUACACGGAGAACGGGAAGCAGAUUUACGGAGCCCCACUCGGUGGCAUUGGCGCCGGCACGAUUGGGCGAGGCUUUGCCGGCGAGUUUUGUCGCUUUCAGCUCAGGCCGGGCCUGUACGAGUAUAACACGGUGCACGCAAAUCAAUUCAUCGUCACCAUUAAGGACGAGAACAAUGUGACGAUUUUUCAGAGCUUACUUUCGUCGUACAGUCGACCCAAAACUCCGUUGGCCAGCUGGGAGAGCCAUAUUGACCCCUCGAAGUGCAACUACACAGCGCUGUACCCGCGGGCCUGGUCCGAGUACGAUCUCAGCGAGCACGGCAUCCGGCUGACGCAACGCCAGAUCUCACCGAUAAUUCCCCAUGACUACAAGGAAAGCUCUCUGCCGGCGGCCGUUUUCGUGUGGACCGUCGAGAACGUCUGCGGCAAGGAUCGGCAGGUUACGAUCACGUUCACGUUCAAAAACGGCACCGGCAAUCGGAAGCUGGAUGCCGAGGGAAACUGUGAAACGGAAUCGUUCUCGCAUGGGUCCGCCGCCUGAGCCACCCUUACUGAUGGGUCCGCCAAAGGGGUCAGUAUUAAGCAAUCCAUUGCCGACAUGCAGUGCACCUAUUGUGUUAGCUGUAAAACUUCAUCGGAAAUUAACAUGACGUGGUGCGAAAAGUUUGACCCCGCUGGAAACGGGGAGAAGCUGUGGAACGAUCUCAAGGAAAACGGAAACCUUACGGACAAAUCGGUCGAUGAAAAUUUGAAAAGUAAAGACGUGGCUGUUGCUGUUGGUGCACAAAUUCUAGUACAAUCGGAAAGCAGCUCCGAGCUGGAGUUUGCUCUAGUCUGGGAUAUGCCAAAGAUUCACUUUACCAAAAAGAUGAAGGAGCAUUUUAAAUACUACACAAAAUAUUUCGGCACCGGCGGUGAUGCUGGUCCAGUUAUUUCCGACUAUGCACUACAAAAUUAUACCAAAUGGGAAACGCUGAUCAACGAAUGGCAGCGGCCUAUACUAGAGGAUAGUGACCUACCCGAUUGGUAUAAGAGUGCUAUAUUCAAUGAACUGUACUACAUUGCGGAUGGCGGUAGCGUCUGGUUGACUGUGGACGAUCCCGAGAUAUCAUAUGACGAUCCUAGAUUAGCAUACGGACGGUUUGCAUAUUUAGAAGGUCACGAGUACCGAAUGUACAACACAUAUGAUGUCCAUUUCUAUGCAUCGCAUGCGCUUGCGAGUCUGUGGCCGAAUUUGCAAGUCAGUUUGCAGUACGAUUACAAAGAUACAAUUUAUCGGGAGAUAACGGAAGGGCGGAAGCAUUUGUACGAUGGUAAGGUCAUACCCAGGAAAGUGAAGACUUCGGUUCCGCACGAUUUGGGAGAUCCAGACGAGGAACCGUUCGAGCUCAUCAACGCCUACCCGAUCCAUGACGUUUCCGAAUGGAAGGAUCUGAACACCAAGUUCAUUCUGCAGGUGUAUCGUGAUUACCACACGCUCAACCAGUACGCCCAGCUAAAUGCGGAAAAUGCGAGCAAAUUCAGCUCUAUCGAGUUCAUCGACAAAGAAAGCAUGUGCGAGAUGUACAUCCAGGAUAACCGGAACAAAAUAUCACCGGACGAAAAGGCGCUGAACCGCAAAUCGGCUUCAAUGUACAUCAACGAAACCAACGGAAAGGUUUACCUGAUGGAUGCGAUGACCUAUCUCAAAAGCAUGUAUGCAGCCUGCAAACUGGUGCUGGAGAAAACCCUCGAGUGGGACAAGGAUAAUGACGGACUCAUCGAGAACAGUCGAACCCCGGAUCAAACUUACGAUACCUGGGUCAUGGAUGGACCAAGUGCGUACUGUGGCGGACUUUGGCUGGCCAGCUUACACUGUAUGUCGGUCAUGGCUAAUUUACUGGACCAGUCCGAGGAUUGCAUUAAAUACCGUCAACUACUGGAGAAAGGGAAGGCUUCAUUUGAGGAGAAACUUUGGAAUGGGUCGUACUACAAAUUCGAUGGGCAAAGUACUUCGAAAAAUUCUAUCAUGUCGGAUCAACUUUGUGGUCAUUGGUACCUACGCUGCUGCGGUUUUGACUACGAAAUUGUGCCGAAGGAAAAUGUGCGAAUUGCACUGAAAACUAUCUACGAUAAUAAUGUGAUGCGGUUUUGCGGUGGAAACAGCGGAGCCGUUAAUGGGUAUAUUCCGAGUAGUCAACCGAACAAGGACGGUCGAGUGGACAUUUCCACCGUCCAGGGAGAGGAAGUCUGGACCGGAGUAACAUAUGCUCUGGCUUCGACCAUGAUUCACGAGGGAAUGUUCACCGAAGCGUUCCAAACGGCUGGCGGUCUGUAUAAAACUCUUUCGGAAAAAAUUGGUAUGAACUUCGAAACCCCAGAAGCUCUGUACGCUGAGCGGCAUUAUCGUGCUAUCGGCUACAUGAGACCGCUCAGCAUCUGGUCCAUGCAAACCGCCUGGGAGCGGAAGAAACAAAAUAGGGACUAAAGUGUGCGGUUUGGUCCAUUUUAUUUACUAACAACAUAGUAUUUUCAUAGAAUGUUGGACGUAUUUAUCAUCCUUGAGUUCAAAAUCAAGAGAAAAUACUUAAUAUGUAACCAUGAAGCGUAGCACAUGCAUAUUGUUUCAAUGGAAAAACUGCUGUAGCCACAGGUGAGUGGUCGAGAACACGGCAGAGUAUUAUUACGUCAUACUUUUACAUCCAUCUCAAAAUUAAUCACGAAAACGGUUGCUUGCAAAAUCAUACGACAAAAGUUCAAUGCUUCAGAGCCCAGAUACCGUCGGUUUUGUGUGUGGUACAGUUCUACCAGUUACCAAAAUAUUCAACUGUUUUUCGGUGAAUGUGUAGUGUAUGUAGUAAUGAGUGUAAAUGUGUUCAUUAAGUGAUGUUGGUAUGUGAGAAAUAUGUAAGAAAGUGUGUGUGAACGUUUGUUAAUUGUAUGUGCGCGUCUCUUGUGUCUGUUUACCGUUUACCCGCGGUUUGGGUUUCAUUUCAUAAAAUGUUUUCAUAAAUCCAGUUCAAUGUACAAACAGCGUGCUACAAGCGAUGCACUUAAUCAGACAUAGGUUAUUAGAUACAAACAAGCUGACAAAACAACACCCAACAGUUUCUAUUUUGUAGUUCUCUUUUUGUUUUUAUAGGCGUUUUUGACAAGCUAUCACCCGCUUGGAGGCGCUGCACAAAAAAAGUGAUGAAAAGUAAAAUCGCUGUCAAACUCCAUACAUUUUAAAAAAAAGCUGAAAUAAAAUGAAGUUUUUGAUUAACCCUUUCAAUUGUCAGGAUUUUAGAUAGCGUAAUAUUGGAAGAAAUUUGUUUAUCUACGUUAAAGUAAGUGAAAAUAUUCGAAUUAAUUAACUUUA